AUGUUAGGAAGACCUCUUAACUGGAAUACUAAUGCAUGUGGAACAGGUCCAAAUACUGUGGUUUCAGAAAAUGAAAUAGAAGGCAGUGCAAGACAGGAAGCAGCUGUGGGUAUUGAGAGCAUUCUGGGUGGCACAACUAUGAAAAUUCUUUAUGUAUGUUUCUUCAAAAAAUUAUUAUCUCGUUUCUUCACUGCAUCUUCAUGGCAAAAGAAUGUGCAGCAAAUCAUAGUGGAUGGAGAACAGACAAGUGCCAGUAUUAAUGAUCUGCUCCCUGCUCAUACAUAUCACUUGCGUGUACUGGCUAGAAAUUCACUUGGUGUGUCAAAUGGUAGUAGCAUAAUCACCAUAACAACUGCAGAAGAAGUUCCUGGUGGACCACCACGUGAUAUCCAGGUGCAGGCUAGGAACUCAGAAACACUCCUUGUUACCUGGAAGCCUCCAGAAGAACAUCUUCAUCAUGGUGAAAUAAUGGGGUAUUACAUUGGAUACAGAGCAGCAAAUUCAUCAGAGCCAUUCCACUACAAAACAUAUGAAGUAAUUCCUGGCAUGGAAUUAAGGAACAUACUGUCUGGACUUCGUAAGUUUACAGAAUACAGUGUACUGGUGCAGGCAUAUAACAGGGCAGGUGCUGGACCAAGGAGUGAAGAAGUUCUAGCAAUGACAGAUGAAGAUGUUCCAGGAUCUCCACCUUCAGAAGUCCACUGCACAGCCUUAUCAUCACAGAGCAUUUUGGUAGUUUGGUCUUCCCCUCAAAUAUCUGACAUAAAUGGGGUUCUCCUUGGUUACAGAGUGACAUAUAGAACUGUAAUGGAAUGGGAUGAUAUUUCAACUCCAUCAGAGCAAACUACACAGGUCCAGAAACUGGAAAUUUUUGGUUUACAACGAUACUGCAACUACAGCAUUGAGGUGAAGGCUUAUACAAGGAAAGGAGAUGGUGUUCCUAGCAAGCCCAUCUUCUGUAGGACUCAAGAGGAUGUGCCUGGUGCCCCAGAUGAUAUAAAAGCACUGGUGAUGGACUCCAGAACUCUCCUCAUCUCUUGGCGGCCACCCAGAUUUCCUAAUGGUGUCAUUAUCAACUAUAAAGUCUACAUACAGUCCCUGGAUGGUGCUAGCUUGCCAAUGGAGCAGUUUGAAGUGCCACCAAGUCAGACACAUUACACUUUAUCACAUCUGUCACCACAACGGCGCUAUGAAAUGAAAGUUUCAGCGGCAACAGCUGCAGGUGAAGGUGUGCCAAGCACAAGUGUUGUCCAAGCACCAUCAACACACACACCUGCAAGAAUUGCAUCAUUUGGCCAUAAAAUGAAGGUUGCACAUGGGGAGGAACUACAGUUACCCUGCAUUGCUGUUGGUCAGCCUCCUCCACGCCGAGAGUGGUUCCACGGUGGGAAAUCAAUACAAGAAGAUGAUCAUCUCCGUAUCAAUUCUGAAUGGACACUUCUCAUUCCUGCUGUGAAAUUAAGUGAUACUGGAAAUUAUACAUGUUCAGCUGAAAAUGUGUUUGGAAAAGAUGAAAUAACUUACUUUCUGUUGGUUCAAGAGAGCAGGAACAAAGGCAUUCCCUUAGCACCGACAGACUUUGAAGUGUCAAAGUCAACAGUCUCUAGCAUUUCAUUGUCCUGGAAGUCCUCACUGUCAACCACAAAUACGGUUCAGGGAUAUUACUUGAAUUACAAAAGGGAAUUUGGAGAAUGGGAGAAAAUAAAGUUGUCAGCAGAAGAGAAUGAUUUCACUCUCGAUGGACUCCAGUGUGGAACUAAGUAUCAGUUCUAUCUCCAAGCUUUCAACCAGCUUGGUCAAAGUGCACCCUCAGAGACUAUUACAUCACAUACACGGGGCACAGCACCAAUAGCUCCAAGCAAAAGUCAUUUGAUCAGAGUCAACUCUACAUCCAUAUCAUUGAAUGUUGGAUCAUGGGGGACAGGUGGCUGCCCUAUUACUACUCUAGUUGUUGAAUACAAGCCAAGGCAGCAACAUGAGUGGACACUGGUCUCUAACAACCUGAAAUACCAGCAGAUUGACUUCCCUGUGCUUGACCUCAGCCCUGAGACAUGGUACACGCUUAGAAUGACAGCACAUAACAGUGCUGGAUCCACUGUAUCCAGUUACGAUUUUAUCACUCUUACGAAUUCAGGUGCCAUUGUGGAGCCAGACUUAAUAAUUCAUUCAGGUUACAAGUACAACCAUUUUUAUAAUGACCUUGGUGUCAUCAUUCCAGUAAUAACAUCUUUGGUAACAGUCAUAGUUGCUGGUAUUGGAAUAUUUCUGUAUUUUCGAAGAAAGCAAGAAUCACUUCCUGACAAUAAAUUUGUAGGCACAACAUCUGAGAAGUCAUGUGAUAUGGCUCCAACAGGGGGCACUUCUGCAUGUACUGACCAGAAAGUUUCUGGAUGUACCAUGAUGCCAAGCAGUCCCCGAACAGCCAGUGGGGACAGAGAAGAACCACUCUACCUACCUGAACCAGUGCCACCAGCUGCUCCAGCAUCCACUGACACUGUAAAUCCUUAUGCUACAUUCAGGUUGCCUCCAGAUGCUGAAAACUUGCCUGCAUAUGACAACUACAGUGAUUCUGUAUACAUGAAAAUAAAGAAGAAGUCACAACAAAUCAAUGCUGAUGGAGACUGGGUACCACUCCACAGUUUGUACCAGGCCCAUAGAUACUGACAUUAGCUGCAGUUAGGACCUUCAGUGGCGAGAAAGAGUACAAACAGCUGAAAAUGUCAGCACACCAUUUCCAAAGUGCCUUUGUUCCAUAUACUUGUAUGUAGAAGAAACUGUGACAGACAGUAGGAAUUGCUGUGACAAUAAAUAUUUCCACCAGAAGACAAAGAAAGAUUGCAGCCCCUUUAUUCAAAAUGAUCUGAAUAAGGCCUGUCUUCUGUUAUUAUCUGAAAUCUCAUAUCAGAUCUGGAUGACUUUUACACAAAACAAAUGCAAUGCCAGGAUUAUCUUUUUAUAAGGAAUUUCAAUAUUCGUACAUACAAUGAAGCUAUAGCUGUGAGCUGCAUGACAUUUGUGAAGAAGUUAAAACUGGGACUUUUUUGCAAUCAUCUACAACUAUCAUUGACUGGAAUGUGUUC